UUCUAGUUAUGCUACUGAGCAGGAGGGUCAAAGCUGCAGUCCUCCAGCUGUUGCGCUACACUUUUUAGUAACCUUGAAAGUCACCCACCAAGAACACUGGGAGCUGUGACCAAGAACUGCUGGAAGGUCGCAGGCUUGGAAUCCGUAGAAUAUGAUCUUUAGUGUGAGCAGAAGGAAAGCAGAGAAGGGGCAGAAACAGGGGAAGAAAUGAGAAGAAGGGGUUGCUAAUGGCUGGAUUGCAUGCGAGAGAAGAGGGCUGGAUCACUUUAAGGCUCCCCCUGAAGCAGGGAGAUGCACACACAAGGCUUUGCCUGCCUGGGUGGUCUCUCUACUUUGGUGAGCUGUUGCUAAGCAGCUAAUAAUAGUCAUGUUUGUUGAGUAAUUUCUGCCCUUCUCUAGCCAAUAAGAAAGCAGGAAUCCAAGCCAUCUGACAGCCCCCGGGGGUGGGUCUCUUUGGAUUCUCUCCUCCUUUCCUCUUUCUCCAAAUGGAGAGAGCCAGUUUUUUCCUCCCCCUUCCUCCUAAAUCUCAUCUAUUGAAGCAAGGAAAGAGCGAGGGAGAGAGAGAGCGAACACAGGCAGCCGAGCGAGUCUUCCAGGGCCCCCGCACUCAUUGCUGUUUGGAUAAGCCAUGAUCCACAGAGCCAGGCGCACUGUUUGCUCCCGGGAAAGGACACCCAGUUAGUGAGAGGAGAAGCGGCAAGUUUGGCUCCUUCCCCAGCUUAGCCUUCUGCGCUGUGUCCCUCACACGGAGGGCUGCACGCACUGGGGGACACGCACUGAGGGACACGCACUGGGGGACACGCACUGAGGGACAAGCUCGGCUCUGCAGGCGGAGGGUGCAUGCUCUGUGGGAACCCGUCCCGCUCUCUUUCCACUUGGUCCUGCACUUUGCAUGCGAUUGUGAAGCGCCCCAUGGUGUGACCCGCGACCGAGCUCACACGCUCUCGUCUGCACACACACACUUCGGGACCCCUUUCUGAAUGCGGGAAGCUGCGGAGACCCCCGGAUCGCGAAAUGUGGGGAUGGAAGGCGCAAAGUUUCACUCGCCGCCCUCCUCCUCCUCGCCUGCAGCAGCAUGAAGCAGAGCCCGCUGAGGAUUGUGCCAGCCAAGGAAGAACAAGAAGCUGCCAGUGCCUGUCCUAUUUGGACCAGCUAAACCUCGGGGGGAUCGCGGAGUGCCAACCCCUGGGGGACACAACAUGGCCUCGGCUGCCUAUGCCGCGGAAUUGGGUGGCAGUGGGGAGCCAGCUGCCCAGCCGAGGGUAGUCAGGAGGAGAGGAAGGAGCAGGGGGGAGCGCAGAAUAGUAGCGCCGCCUGACCAGGACUAUCUGCAGCGGCCGAGCUACUGCGAUGCGAAUUUCGCCCUUCAGCAGAUAUCAGAGGGGAAGGCUACAGGAAGAAAAGCUCCAUUGUGGCUAAGAGCAUUCUUUCAAAGACAAUUGUUUAAACUUGGUUGUUACAUACAAAAAAACUGCGGAAAAUUUCUGGUUGUGGGCCUUUUGAUAUUUGGUGCUUUCGCUGUUGGAUUAAGAGCAGCUAAUUUAGAGACCAAUGUGGAAGAACUGUGGGUUGAAGUUGGUGGAAGAGUAAGCCGCGAAUUAAAUUACACUCGCCAGAAGAUAGGAGAGGAGGCUAUGUUUAAUCCACAGCUUAUGAUCCAGACUCCUCUUGAAGAUGGUGCUAAUGUCCUGACAACAGAAGCUCUCCUGCAACAUCUGCACUCUGCACUUGAAGCCACCAAGGUGCAAGUCUACAUGUACAACAAACCUUGGAAAUUGGAAAAAUUAUGCUUUAAAUCAGGUGAACUUAUUACAGAAGCAGGAUAUGUAAGCCAGAUUAUAGAAUCGUUGUAUCCAUGUUUAAUCAUCACACCACUGGAUUGCUUUUGGGAAGGCGCAAAGCUUCACUCUGGAAUGGCAUACAUGCCAGGUAAAGGCUUUUUGCAGUGGACAAACUUUGACCCUUUGGGGUUGCUGGAAGAGUUAAAGAAAGGAAAACUUCAUAUAGACACCUGGGAGGAAAUGAUAAACAAGGCAGAAGUUGGCCACGGUUAUAUGGACAGACCUUGUUUGAACCCAUCAGAUGAUAAGUGUCCAAACACUGCACCCAACAAAAAUUCAACCAAACCUGUAGAUGUAGCCCUUAUUCUAAAUGGUGGAUGCUAUGGACUCUCAAGAAAAUAUAUGCACUGGCAAGAGGAGUUGAUCAUUGGUGGCACAGUGAAGAAUGCUAGUGGACAAAGUGUCAGCGCCCUGGCAUUGCAGACUAUGUUUCAACUAAUGACUCCCAAACAAAUGUAUGAGCACUUCAAGGGUUAUGAAGAGGUUUCCCACAUAAAUUGGAAUGAAGACAAAGCGGCUGCAAUCUUGGAGGCCUGGCAAAGGACCUAUGUUCAGGUUGUACAUCAAAGUGUUCCACAGAACUCCUCACAGAAAGUUCUCCCUUUUACUACAACUACACUGGAUGAUAUUCUCAAGUCAUUCUCCGAUGUGAGCGUUAUCAGAGUUGCAAGUGGCUAUCUGCUGAUGCUUGCCUAUGCCUGUUUAACCAUGCUGAGGUGGGACUGUGCCAAGUCUCAGGGUGCCGUAGGGCUAGCAGGAGUCUUGCUGGUUGCGCUUUCAGUGGCUGCUGGAUUGGGUCUGUGUUCAUUGAUUGGAAUUUCCUUUAAUGCAGCAACAACUCAGGUUUUGCCUUUUCUCGCUCUUGGGGUUGGUGUAGAUGAUGUCUUCCUUUUGGCACAUGCUUUUAGUGAAACUGGGCAGAAUAAAAGGAUUCCAUUUGAGGACAGGACUGGUGAGUGUCUAAAGCGGACAGGAGCAAGUGUAGCCCUUACGUCUAUUAGCAAUGUGACUGCAUUCUUCAUGGCUGCCUUGAUACCUAUUCCUGCACUGCGGGCAUUUUCCCUCCAAGCUGCUGUUGUUGUGGUGUUUAAUUUUGCCAUGGUCUUGCUGAUAUUUCCCGCUAUUCUAAGCAUGGACCUCUAUCGCAGGGAAGUCCGCAGGCUUGAUAUCUUCUGUUGCUUCAGCAGUCCCUGCGUGAGCAGAGUGAUUCAGAUUGAACCCCAGGCCUAUACGGACAACAAUGACAACACACGUUACAGCCCACCUCCACCCUACAGCAGUCACAGCUUUGCUCAUGAAACACAAAUCACAAUGCAGUCAACAGUCCAGCUACGGACCGAAUAUGAUCCACGAACGCAGUUGUAUUACACCACAGCAGAGCCUCGAUCUGAAAUAUCAGUGCAGCCAGCCGCACCAUCACCUCAGGAUGUAAGCGGCCAGACUCCAGAGAGCACCAGUUCCACUCGAGACCUGCUUUCUCCAUUCUCUGAAUCCGGAGUGCACUGCAUAGAGCCCCCAUGCACAAAGUGGACAUUGUCUUCCUUUGCAGAAAAGCACUACGCUCCAUUCCUGUUAAAGCCAAACACUAAAGUUGCGGUCAUAUUGGUUUUCUUAGCCCUUCUUAGUGUCAGCCUUUAUGGAACUACUCGAGUGCGAGAUGGACUAGAUUUGACCGACAUUGUACCGAGAGAAACCAGGGAAUAUGACUUUAUUGCCACGCAGUUCAAGUACUUUUCGUUUUACCACAUGUAUGUAGUAACACAGAAAGCAGACUAUCCUCGUGCUCAGCGCUUGCUUUAUGAACUUCACAAGAGCUUUGCCGGGGUGAAAUAUGUGUUGCUGGAGGGUAACAAACAGCUUCCUAGGAUGUGGCUGCAUUACUUUCGAGAUUGGCUGCAAGGAUUGCAAGAUACGUUUGAUCGUGAAUGGGAGGCUGGGAAAAUUACACACAAUGACUACAGAAAUGCUUCUGAUGAUGCUGUGCUUGCUUACAAGCUCCUAAUACAGACAGGCAAUUCUGAUAAACCUAUUAACCUCAACCAGCUGACUAAACAGCGGUUGGUGGAUACAGAUGGGAUUAUUCAGCCAAAUGCUUUCUACAUCUACUUAACAGCCUGGGUGAGUAAUGACCCUGUAGCCUAUGCUGCUUCCCAGGCCAACAUCCGCCCACACCCUCCUGAGUGGCUCCACGACAAAGCAGACGAUAGGCCUGAGACCAGGACAAUUCGUGCAGCUGAACCUAUAGAAUAUGUCCAGUUUCCUUUCUACCUCAAUGGUCUACGGGAAACAUCCGACUUUGUGGAGGCUAUAGAAAAAGUGAGGGCAAUCUGUAACAACUAUACAAGCCUUGGGGUGUCGAGCUACCCAAAUGGUUACCCUUUCCUGUUCUGGGAGCAAUACAUUGGUCUCCGUCACUGGCUGCUGUUGUCCAUCAGUGUGGUUCUGGCCUGUACGUUUCUGGUGUGUGCUGUCUUUCUGCUGAACCCUUGGACUGCUGGAAUCAUUGUCAUGGUGUUGGCCCUUAUGACAGUGGAACUGUUUGGCAUGAUGGGACUCAUAGGGAUUAAACUGAGUGCAGUGCCUGUAGUUAUCUUGAUAGCUUCAGUUGGAAUUGGAGUGGAAUUCACUGUUCAUGUUGCUUUGGCAUUCCUCACUGCUAUUGGGGACAAGAAUCGCAGAGCUGUUCUUGCUUUGGAGCACAUGUUUGCACCUGUUCUGGAUGGGGCUGUAUCUACUCUAUUGGGAGUUCUAAUGCUUGCUGGAUCAGAGUUCGACUUUAUUGUCAGGUACUUUUUUGCUGUCCUGGCAAUUUUAACUCUUUUGGGUGUAUUAAACGGCUUGGUGCUACUUCCUGUACUUCUGUCUUAUUUUGGGCCUUAUCCUGAGGUCUCUCCAACUAAUGGCAGAGAUAGACUUGAGUUUCCUCAAGAGCCACCACCAAAUAUUGUAAGAUUCCCUGUGCAUCCUAGACCGACGCAGAAUGGGUCUGAUUCCUCAGAUUCAGAAUAUAGUUCUCAGACAACUGUAUCAGGAAUCAGUGAGGAGCUUCAUCAGUAUGAUUCCCAGCAGUGUUCCAGAGCAUCAACAAAUCAAGUCUUCCUGGAAGCCAGAAGAAAUCCAGCCUUUCCACGGUCCACUGCUGUACAACAGAACAAUAGGCAUAAUCCGCCAAAUCAAAACACACCACCCAACCAAGAACCCAGAACUCAACAACAAUGGCGAUCCAAUAGGAACCAGAGAUGGGAUUCAACAGAAGGAUCAAGGCCACCUCCAUACAGACCUCGCAGAGAUGCCUUUGCAUCUUCUACUGAAGAGCAUGCUGGUCCUAGUACCAGCAGGGACAGAUCAGGGCACAGAUCCCACUCCCAUAACAUGCGAAAAACUGCCUUUGCUCCAGGAGGUGCUUCAGUGCCUGCAUAUGGUCAACCUAUUACUACUGUGACUGCCUCUGCUUCAGUUACUGUUGCUGUGCACCCUUCUGUGUGUAGCCACAGCUCCCAUGGUAGCUACCCCUUUUAUGGUGGUUACCACGAAAAUGACCAUGGACAUUUUGAGGACCCUCAUGUGCCUUUUAAUGUACGCUAUGAAAGAAGGGACUCUAAAGUAGAAGUAAUAGAGCUGCAAGAUGUUGAAUGCGAAGAAAGGACACAGGGAAAUGCCUCAAAAUAAGGGUUUAUCCAUUCUGAAUCAUGAUGGCCAAAGACGGGAAUGAAUUUCCAGACUGGUUAAGAAAGCUGCUGGAUGUUUUAUAUAAAGGACAUGCUGCAUCAGUUCACUGUUACUGUAACCUGUUGUAUAAAUGUGUAAAAUAUUGCUAUAAAUAUUUAAAAGGUGUAUACAUAUGUAAUAUACAAGAGAACAUUGUAAAGUUAGAAUAAUUGUUGAAUUAUUUUAUUAUUGUUAUUAUUAUUAUAAUAAUUAUUUUUUAGUCCUUUUAACAGAUGAGGCAAACACAUUUCCCUUUUCUUAGUGUACAGGGCCUGUGCCACAAAUAAGAUUAAUCUAGAAACUGAAAAUCUGUGUAUUUUUUUUCUGCUGCUUAAAAUAUUGUAUAAUUUACAUGUAUAAUUCUAUGCAAAUAUUGCUUACAUGAAUAGGUUUUAUUUUAUAUGUGUAAACAUACAGUUACAGCUGAUAAUGUUUUGUGUGCCAGAGGUGCACGCCAAGCACAAUGCACACUCCCACUGACACUCAAAAUAGGAAACGUUUGUAUCACAACCCUGUGGUAAUACUAAUAACUUCCAGGCACGCUAUGCGUGGUUCCUUUGCUUUCAGGUGGGCAGAUAUGAAGAAUUCCUCACAAUUUGCUUAUUUCAUUAUACCUGUAACCUUGCAAUUCUUUGUACUUACUGGUCUUCUGUUGUACCGUCUGUGCCACUGUAUUGCAUUUUCUUUAUUUGUUUAUGUAAAUCCUUGAUGCUGGGAGUGCUUUCCCUCUGUCCAGAGCACUUAUACACCAGAGACUAUGGUUGUUGCAGGCAUUAAUGAAGAACAUUACAGGUAUAGGAUCUAUUAUCCGGAAUGCUUGGUACCUGGUGAUUUCCAGGCUAAGGCUUACGCUAUGCAAUGCAGAGAUACUCUGCCUGCACAUAAACGCAGGCCAAGAGUCAAGCCUAUGCUUGAAUCGGUGCGCUCUUCUCUGUCUUCACCCGGGGCCACUGCCGUGGAACAGAUGUCGGCUUUGAAAUAUGUGAAUAUGUAUGAAAUCUGCUCCAUGAGAGCGCUGGUUUAAACAUAGGGGCCAAUUCUUGGCAUGCAUUUAUCGGCAAGCUGAAAAUCUGCUACGUGUUGCCUAAGGGAUCUUUCUGUAGUUUGGGCCACCAUACCUUAAAUACCUUAAACAUAAAAUAAAUCUAAUACAAUUGUUUUGCCACCAACAUGGAUUCAUGCAGUUUAGUACACGUUACUAAUCUAUUACAGAAUAAAGGAAAUGAUUUUAUCAUUAGACAACAUUUGCUUAAAACAGAGGAGAUGGCCUUCCCAUUAUUCAGAGUUUGUUUGAUAACAGGUUUUCCCGAUAAGGGAUCCCAUACCUACAGUGUAAGCAACAUUUGGCCUUUAUAUUUUCUGGGGUGUUAAAGUUGUUGCUCUUCAGCUCUAGUAAGCUACAGCAUAGUGGUUUUAGACCCGACUAUGCUUGGAGCCACAUGUUUAACACACUGCAUCAAGCACUAAGCACUUCCAACAUCCAAGGUGUCAAAAGAGGAUUUAGGUCUUCUGUAGCCUUCAGCCCACCCAUUCCUUUACACUUGUUGGUGCUAAUAUGCUUUCCUUGGACUCUAGUAAUAUAAACUGUUGCUCUAUCUACCUCUAACUUUCCUUUAUCUACACAGAUAUGGUUGGUUUAUUUUUUUUUCCAUUUUGGCCUUUGUAUUUUCAGUCUUAAUAUGAUUUUUUUUUUUUAAUCUUGGAAUACUGUAACAUUUCUUAUUGUGCCAUGAGGGUAUAUAAUGCUAUCCUGUGUCACAAAAGAUUUAAGCUGAAAGGUUUUUAGGCACUUGUCUUCAGACUUUUAUUUUCUCUAUUAAGCCACAAAAAUGUACAACUCCAAUAUGUAGCCAUUAUUCCUUAUCAAUAUAAGCUAUUGUUACAUAAGCACACUGACACUCCACAGCUGCCUUUGUUUCCAGCAUUACUGUAUUUAGCACAGGGAGUAGAGCAGGAGAGUAAAAGUUAUCAUGCCCUUUGUUCAUUUAGUUUUAGCUGCCAAUUUAUUGGGUGUCAAUGGUAAAAAUUACCUAAACUAUUUUGAGUUUUUUGUAUUUAGUAUAGGACUCUCUACAACUUUUCUCUAUGGUCUCUGUCAGAUAAUAGAGAACUGGGCUCAGUACAUUACUUUCUGUAUGCUGUGCUUACUAUUAGAUCUGAGGUGGGUAGACUCUAGAAAAUACCACAUGGUUGGAUAAAUUGAUAUAUUGUUAUCUAGGUGUGGCAUUUUGUUAUUUAUAGAAUUCAAGUUUUGUAAACCCCAGGGCUAGAUAAAAACAGACUAAAACCUUUGGUGCUAACAACAACAGAGCUACAUUCCCUUCCCCACCCCAUGGUUAUUACCCUAAUAACUGUCUUCCUAGUGAGUUGCCUUUGCUGAGUGCAAGUCAUUAGUCUAAUGCAGUAUUCAGAUGUGAUUAGCAAUGGUACAAAAUAACUCCUCCAUGUUCCCAGUUAGUACUUUUCAGCAAGCUGUAUCUGCAGCUGUGCUGCAUACGUGCAGAAUUUCCACUUACGCUUUAGUAGUUUGUCACCAUCAGUCUUUAAAGAAUAUUGUGAAAACAUUUCUUGUGUAGCUUUACCUUACAAAAAGCAGCCAGCAGAGUCUGAUUCUCAUGGAAGGAGGAGGUGCAUAUCUUCAAACAUGCACAGAUACUCUCCCUACCAUGAACUGCAUCUUCUCUGUGUAUAGAACAAUCCAUCGUAGGGCUGGGAUUUCAGAAGGUUUGGGCCCAGUUACCACUUAAGUCCAAGUUACUAAGCCCCCCUGCUGAAGAUGCCAAGAGCAGUAGGUGAGAAACAGCUGGCAAGGCACUGAGGAAUUAUCCCAGCCUUACAAUUUUGCUCCAUCUGUCCCCCUUCCCUGUUAGUGUGUCUGCUGCCUUCUGCACAGUAUAGACCAUUUUAUUUCUCCCAUAGUCACAUUGGCAAAGGAGAAGUCAGUAGCUGGCAAUUUAAAUAUAUAUAAAUAUAUAUAAUUUUGUUUUUCUGUUUUGUUUUGAUUUUUUUUUAUUACUAUUUAUAUUUUUUGUAUAAUAGGAAUGUGUUCUUGCAGUAUUUUUCAUGCCAGUCUAUAACAAAACAAUGCAGGGAUUUUCUUAUUUUACUAUUGGAAAACACUAUUUCAGCUCUACUUUUAAUGGAAUUGUAUUUGUAUAGAGUGCUUACUAAUGUUAAAUAGGAAGAGAGUAUAUGACAUUUACAUUAAGGACUCAUAGCUUUUAGUUUAAAGAAUUAAAAGGAAAAAAAAAUAUUCAACUGGGUCUCACCAGCUGCCGUCGUCUGUGGCCGUUGUGAGUUUUGUGUCAUUUCAUUUACAAAGACAAAAGUAUGCCAUAUAAUUUAUUUAUAUGAAAAUUUAUUUUUGUAGUGUACAUAGUAGUCAUCAAGUCUUUUGACAGAAGUAUAUUUUUAAAGAGUUUAUAUGUAUUGGUACCCUUGUGAGAAGUGAAACCUGGUUACAGCGCACACUUAUAAACAACAAAAUAAGCGUGGAAUAGGCAAACGUUGGCUGCCUUGCUGUCUCAGAAUUACGAUCCCUUUACUAGAGGUUAUUGAGGGAUUCUAAUUCUGGUAUAGUUAGUGCAUGGAAUGUUUCCUAGCGCUGGCUUAACCUAUUCAUGAUUAUGGGUUGACCUGCAAACACACUUGGGUUUAGUGGACAGCCCCUUGACUGAGUGGGUUAAGUCGAGAGAGUUGCCAUUUGUAACCUGGUUCUGCCUCUUUUGCAAACAUUGAAAAGUGAACAUUGUACAGCCUCUCUAAAUAAUAUUGUUCAGACACUGAUAGAAUUUCUAACAUGAAUAAAAAUUAUUAUAACUUAUUGAUUA